UCCGGUGUGAUGCUCGAGUCUGUCCCAAAAUACGACUCCGGUGCACCCACGUGGACUCGCAUCAAGGGUCCCUGAAGUCUGGACUACGUGAUGUCAUCAAAGUGUGGACUCUGAGGAGGACCACAAGUCCAGAGUGUGCCAUUUGGGACAGGGCCAAUGUGGGGAAUGAAGUUGUUCACUCGGACACCACUACAAAAUGGCCGACACCCGAUAUAGUGCACUAUAUAGUGGAUAGGGAGCGGUUUCGGACACAGCUCUAGUAUUUCGUGUUCGAGAGUGGAGAUCACAUGUUUCCUGCUUGAGAGUGGAGUUGCACAUACUGAUUAAUUGUGUUGAUGAAAGGAAGCUUACUUCGGAGCUAUGGCAAACUAUGAUCCGAAACAGGUAAAUGUACAACAUUGUGUUCCAUCAUCGAAACUGCAGAAUGCAAAACUCGACGCAGAAUCUCCACCUGACAGCAGUGGAAUGGAUGCUAAAACUCACUCACCACGGGAACCCGGUCUUGCAUUAGACACAGAAAUUGCACCGAAAGAGACGACCAUUGAACUUAAAAGCUAUAGAAAACCCGGAGAGAAAACAUUUACUCAGAGAUGCCGACUGUUUGUUGGUAAUCUCCCGACGGAUAUAACAGAGGAAGAUUUCAAGGCUUUUUUUAAAUAUGGCGAGACCAACGAUGUGCACAUCAACAAAGACAAAGGAUUCGGCUUUAUACGCCUGGAGACAAGGACACUAGCAGAAGUUGCUAAGGCUGAGUUGGAUGGCACAGUACUAAAGAACAGGAAUAUUCAUAUCCGUUUUGCAACUCAUGGAGCUACACUUACAGUACGAAACCUUUCUCCAGUGGUGUCUAAUGAGUUGCUGGAACAGGCCUUCUCUCAGUUUGGUCCAGUAGAUCGCACAGUUGUUUUUGUUGAUGACCAUGGCCAACCCACAGGCACAGGUAUUGUGGAAUUUGCCAAUAAGUCUGCUGCCCGGAAAGCUCUGGAUCACUGUGCAGAUGGAGCCCUUCUGCUUACAACGUCUCCUCGUCCAGUCAUUCUUGAGCCAAAAGAACAGUUUGAUGAUGAGGAUGGGCUUCCAGAAAAGCUAUUGCAGAAAUCAGCACAAUAUCACAAGGAAAGGGAGCACCCACCACACUUUGCAGAGCCAGGCACCUUUGAGUUUGAGUACUCAACACGUUGGAAGGCUCUGGAUGAGAUCGAGAAACAGCAGAAGGAACUCGUAGAGCGAAACAUCCUAGAGGCCAAGAAGAAACUGGAGGCUGAAAUGGAGGCUGUCAAACAUGAGCAUCAGCUUAUGAUGAUGAGACAAGAUCUCAUGAGACGUCAAGAGGAGCUUCGUUGCUUGGAGGAGCUAAGAAAUCAGGAGCUGCAGAAACGCAAGCAGAUUGAGCUAAGGCACGAGGAAGAAAGACGUAGACGUGAGGAAGAGAUAAAUCGCCAUAGAGAGGAGGAUGACAUGAGAUGCAUGCCAGAUGGAUUCAAGCCCAGUUUCACAGAGGGUGUGCCGAAUAACAGCUACACUACAUAAAGAAAACUGUGGACUACAAAAAAAAAUGAUGCAUAUCAUCUCUACAUAUCUUUGAGUCAACAAUCUUGACUUUUUUAUCUACAAUCUUGUUAGUAAUGAGCUCAAAACUGGUUAAUAGUAUUAUUUAUUCUUUAUUUUUAACAAAACAGUGAGACUUUAAAAUAGCAUUUAGCGAUUGAUUAGGGUUAAAAGUCUAUUUGCAGUAAAAUUUUAUUUUCAAUAAAUUUUUCAUGUGUUGCAUAAACUUAUUUUUCUAUUACAGCAUCAGUUAAUUUAUUAAAACAAAGUUGGCCUGAAAUCCUGAUGUAAUUGUCAGCCCUUUGUAAUUGUGCAUUGUGUUAUGCAUAGUGUGGCACUGUAAUUGUCUGUCCUGUCAUCAUAUCAUAUCCCAAAUUGCAAUAACAUAUAUGUAAAUGUUUUAAAAUGUGAAACAAAUUUGGUUAACACAAAAUUAAAUGUUAGUAUCAUUCAAGCUUUGUUUUUUAGAAAUGAUUUGCUAGGAACAUUAGCAUAGUCUACUGUAAUUGUAGUCUUGUAAAUGGUUUUACAGGCAGCACUGUAAUUGUUUAAAAUUGUCCCUACAUGUUAGGAUCAAAUUUAAAGCUGCAAUUCAUAACUUUUGCUUGUAUAUUGCCACUCCGUUUGAAACAUAAAAUUGCAGCUAUUUGCUGUAAUUUUCUGUACCUGUGUUAUGCUUUGCCCCAUAUACUACUCUGCAACGGAUGAAUGAUGUCUGUGUUCACUGCAUUGGAGCAGAUCUGUCAUGUUGUAUGUGACGUGUAGCUUAACAUAAAUACGUUGCUGAUGUCUUACAUGUAUAGAGGGAAAUGCCAUCUCUGUGCCAGUAUUGUAAACCCCAUCUGAUAUUAACUCUGGUUUUAGCACAAGCUCUGUCGCGUUCCCUUUUAAACUGGAGGUUUUCAACAACAGAUGAUUUCCCAGUAAUAAAUUGACAUGUUUACAUGA